AUGCUACGAAACGAUAAAAUUAAUGAGAUUUAUAAGUUGCGCGCAGCUGUCGAUAAUACCUAUGUGUAUAAUAGCGAACUUAUCGAUAAACUCAAAAAUAUCGAUAAUAUCGAUGUCGCUACCAUCCACGAAUCUUUGAAUUUCUACCUGGCACUUGGUGUACUGAUUAGCGCCAUUGUCUUUGGCUGGCUGUCAGAAAAAUUCGGUCGUCGACGCUGUCUACUUUUAAUGGUUAUACCAGCCGUGUUAAGCUGGUUGCUGAUUAUGUUCAUUUCCGAUUGGCGUUAUCUGUACUUCGAACGAAUUAUUGCUGGAUUUGUGGGAGGCUGCUGUUUUGCGGUUAUUCCAGUUUAUAUCACUGAAAUGGCUGAGGAUCGUUUUCGGGGUAUCUUGGGCACAUUCAUGCCCCUUGGCAUGACCAUCGGCAUGCUCAUUAUAAUUCUUCUUGUACCUAUUAUUGGUAAAGAGCUUGCUGCUGGCAUCAUGAUUGUCAUUGAUAUAGCAUUCCUCAGCACUUUUAUCUUCAUUCCUGAUUCCCCGGAAUAUCUGCAGCGAUAUAAUAAAAAAGAAGUGGAGAAAUCCCUGAGAUAUUUUCGAGGUAUCUCUCCGAGUGAAGACGCGCAGUAUCAGGUAGAACUCGCCAAAUUGUCGACACUUUGCGAAACUCUUGAAAAUGGUGUGCAAAGAGACGAAAACAAUUUACCGGUUACCAAUGUCUCUAAUCAAAAGGCACUUAAGGCCUUCAUCAUUGGAUUUGGAGUUAUUCUGGCUAAAUUUUUCAGCGACCACUUGAAGAUUAUACUAUUGUCAUUAUCCCAGAACUUCUUGGGACUUUAUCUGCGACCCUAUUGGUAG